AUGAAGAUGUUCACUGCGUCUGCGCUUUUCUGUGCAAUGCUGGUUUUGGCUGGAGUUGCCGAUGGACAAAUUGACCUUCCAAUUGAACCAGAACCAUAUGCUGACCUAGGGGACUCUGUUCCAGAAGAGGAAGAGGAUUCUAUGGAGGAUUCACUUUGUCCUGAAGGUUGGACCCCGGCCAGUUUUGGUUGUGUCCUCUUCGUUCCAUUCGAGAGGACUUGGGCUGAAAGUGAGGAAUUCUGCCAGGUAAUGUUUGGAAACCUUUCUUCUCUGCUUGGCGACGAGUACUUCGACUCCAUUCUCCUUGCGAUAGACAGUGCCGGUAUCGAGACCAAACAAGUCUGGGUUGGAGGCUUUAAUUCAACAGAGGAUUCCUCUUGGACCAGCAGUCAGGAAUCCAAAUUUGAGGGCUGGUGUUCUGGAGAAGCUGCUCAGCCGGAGCACCAUUGUGCAAAGUUGGUCUUUGGAGAUAAAGUGUGCCUGGAUUACAUGCCGUGUGAUGCUAAGCUCCCAUCAGUCUGCACCAUGAUGGACACCUGA